AUGGUGAGCAACCCGGAGCAAUGGGUUCAAGAGAUCAAGGAUGCUGGUGGGGACCAGUACACAUUUCAUUUGGAAGCCGCUCGAGAUCCUGCCGGCCUAAUCGAGCAAAUCAAGGCCACAGGAAUGAGAGUGGGCAUGGCCCUGCGACCAGGCACACCAAUCGAGGAUGCGCUCCCAUGGGUGGAUUCUGUGGAUGUGGUGUUGGUUAUGACCGUAGAACCGGGUUUUGGGGGGCAAAAGUUUAUGGCGGACAUGAUGCCGAAAGUGGCGUAUUUGCGGGCCAAGUGCCCAGAAAAGGACAUUGAAGUAGAUGGAGGCCUCGGCCCUGCGACUGUCGAUGCCGCUGCCCGAGCAGGGGCAAACAUGAUAGUGGCGGGUAGUUCGGUGUUCAACAGUGAAGUUCCUGCGAAAGUCAUCGCGGCUUUACGGCGAAGCGUAGAAAAACUUGGAAAUGGAAAGAGCGAGGAGGAGCUGACUCAGCUCCCAUCCUAA